AAAAACCAAUAAUGUGUGCCGCUGUUUCUCCGUAAUACCCCUCCUUUUAUUUUCCCCCAAAUUUCUUCAACCCUAAUUUUCUCUUUUUCUCUCUCUAUCUCUUUCUUUCUUCCUCAUUAUAUACAAAUUCCUCCUCAUCCCGCUCAUUUUCCUCCUCUUCUUAAUUAAAAAAAAAAACUCCAAAUUCUCUCUCCUCCAAAUUUUCUCUCUCUUUUUCUUUCUUUGUUUCCCUCCUCUUUUUUCUCUUCAAAUUUGGUGAAAUUACAUCAAACCCACAAAACCCAAAAAAAAUCAUGGGAAAAUACAUGAAAAAAGGGAAGAUCACAGGAGAUGUUGCAGUGAUGGAAAUCCCACAAACAACUUCUUUAGGUGUUCGUACUAGGGCUCGAACCCUCGCUCUUCAACCAAACCCUGAACUUUCUUAUCUUCAACUUCGAAGUCGUAGGCUUGAAAAACCCCCUUUUCAACCUAAACAAGAUGUGGGUAGUAAUAAUAAUAAAAACCCUAAUUUUGAAACUCAGAGACCGAGUUCUAAGGUUCGAGUUAACUCGGCUUCUCCCUCUAACAAUCUUGAGGGGCGUUUUCGUCAUUUUGAUGAUGUGGGUCGAUGUCAUGUUGCUGAUAUCGAGGAAUUUCAUGAUCUGGGUGCUUUUGAACCUUCCUUUGGAGAGAACAAUUUUGAUUUUGAUUCAAGAGAAAGGUUUGCACCCGAGAGCACUCCUUGCAGCUUGAUUAGAGAUGCAGACACCAUCGGAACGCCUGGAUCAACUACUAGACCGACAUGCUCGACUGCAGCAAACAGAAGAACUCGAAAUAUGCAUCGAGCUAUCCCGACAAACCGGGAAAUGGAGGAGUUCUUUGCCGGCGUUGAACAUCACCAGCAGAAGCUAUUCGUUGAGAAAUACAACUACGAUAUCAUGAAUGAUAUGCCUCUCCCAGGACGUUAUGAGUGGGUAAGAGUAGACAAUUAGGAGGGAGAUUCUGCAGAAGCAAAUGCACAAUUCUUACAAGAAACUAUGGAAAAGAAAAAAAAAAAGAAAAGAAUAUGUGUAACCUGUGAUUUGUAACAUAAGUGCAGCUGACUAAAUGUAGCCUAACCCUCUUCUUUAUUAGGUAGCUUAGCAGACUGAUUUUAGCUUUCGAGAUCCAAACAGGGAUAAAAAUGAUUUCUGGUAGGUUAGAGUUUAGUUUAUGAUGGUUUUGCUUUGCUUAUGCCAUUGUAAUUUGAUAAUGGAUGUCAUUAAUAUUGUUCCUAAAACAAGUUUAGUAUUA